AUGGCGGCGUUGGCAGCAAACGAUACAGAAUCGUUGCGCAGGAUAAAGAAUAUGGGAGAGUCGCCACUGUCGAUUGCUAUUUCUAUGAGGCUCAUCAAUUUCGCAGCGAGAAUCAUAGAUUUUAAUCCGGAGACACUUGAUGACAUUGGACACAACGGCCAAACACCUUUGCAUGUUGCUAUCAAGAGGAACGAUUUUGAAGUCAUGAGCGUAAACCAGAACUGGUCCAAAAGCAAGAUGAAAGAAGAGGACUCCCCUUCAUUAUGCAUUAUGUUGUUGUUUAACAAAGAUUCUAUUGUUGCAUACAUAAAAGAUAACAAUAAGAAAAUACCUCUUUACUUGGCAGCAGAGAAGGGCUCCAUCGGGAUGGUUGAUGAGAGCCAGCACAACCUUCUUGAUCUUGCAGCUAUGAACGGGAAUGUAGAUGCAGUGAAAUAUAGUCUAAAUUUGGUUGAGAUGGAGGAUUUGAUGAACUCACCUGAUGUGGAUGGAAACACUGCUUUGCAUCUUGCGGCAACCAACUACCAUAGCGACGUGGUUACAGUUCUCUCUGAGAAAACUAACGUGAAACACUUAACCUUGAAAGCAUUAAACGGCGCCUAUAAGUUCAUGAAUCCUGAAGAUGUCCUUGAAAAUCCCCGAUUAGAUGAUAUGAAAGUGGAGAUCCCAGCCAAAUUUGGCUAA